AUGGCAGAGUCAGAUUUUCGCCUGUUCCAGAAGCUCUUAGUGGGCCGCGAACUUCCAGCGCUACAGCAGGAUGCUGAAUACUUGGAGGAAUCACACGAUUCUGAGCUCGAAUCCCUAGCCACAGCUGACGAGCAGCUCUACCAAAUCUCGUCAAUCUCACCGCUUGCAAGACAAUACGUCUCCCACAGGCUGCCGAACAGUAGUGACACAGAGUACGAGCCUGGUGAGGAGGCUUACGAGGAGGAACAAUCUGACAAUGGUUCUGUAAAUAGUGAUUACGGUGUUUUGGACGCAAGAUCCACUGCCAGGCGCAAGCCCAGCGCCGCAAGAAAAGGUUUCCGCCCGGGAAUACACUCAGAUCUUAAUCCAAGCGGGCAGGCUGUCACGAAUCAGCUUGGCUUAGCUGGCGACCGCGCAGCAACACCCACGGAAUACCAGCAGCACCCGCAACCCACGCCUCAACCCCAUUACCAUCCGCAACCAUCCCACCUCAACCCCAGUACCAUCUGCAACCCCCUCCUCAACCACAGUACCAUCCACUUCAACUCCAGUACGAUCCACAACCUCCGCCCCAACCCCAAUACCACCCGCAACCCGCAACCCCCGUUUCAACCCCCACCUCAACCCCAAUACCACCCACAACCCCCACCUCAACCCCAAUACCACCCACAACCCCCACCUCAACCCCAGUACCACGCUGAUCGGAACGAGGACAGAGCAGUGGCAGAGGCGUACGCCGCCGCAUUCACGCUACUUCGGGGUGGGUCGUCAUCGAGGCUCCCACCACAGUCGGAUUCGAUUCAAGAUGGCCCUUUGGCCCCAUGGGGGGCCGCACGGCUCGUCGCCCUUGCACCCCUCCACCCAGGAGAGACGAUCCACGGGGAAAGAACCCAGGGCGUAAUCCGAACCCAAAAACAUCUAUUCGACACCGGGAGACGACGACGUAACGCUCGACUCCCCCCCACACCAGAAAUACCCAUGGCCGUCGUACCGAAUCCUCCUGCUGUGCCAAUCGCGGACCCACCUAUCUCGAGACGCGUUAAGCUCUCGACAACAUUAAUGCGAAAAUACAAAGAGGCUGCGAAGGAACAUCUUCGCAGCCUCAUCCUGAACGCGGAUCCCAAAAUGGACGGGGCUCCCGAAGACGAGCUUCGCAACAAAAUGAUCGAUACCGCACUGCAAAUCGCACAAACGAAAAUCGGUCAAGAGGAAAUCGAGGAUAUCAAGGGGAUCAACCACUAUAUGGUGGCUUCGUUAGCAGAUAUGCGACGAAGCUUCAAAUCUUACGCUUUGAACACUGUUCCAGAUUCAGAGUACUUGCACGAAAUUGAACAGACCAUCGACGGCACAGAGAUUAAACGGCCCCUGGAGAACAAGGUCCUCAUCAACACGGUCAUUGACCUGUUGAAAGGGGGCCUAUCAGACGUGAUACAUGGUCCGCUCGAUCGUUUGUUUGCAGCUUAUCGAACUGGUCAAUUCAUUGAUGUCUCGGUGAACUCUACUGCCUUUGAUGAUGCUUACCACGAAAUCAUAGCUUACAUUACUACAACCAUCCGUGCCUCGCAUACCUUGCGUGAAAGGUUUGAUUCUGUACAACAGGCAAUUCUUAAACGAGUACUCGUGAAUUAG